AUGGCGCCGCCUCAGCCCGCGCGGGUACUGCGGUGCUGCAGCUGCCGUCUCUUCCAGGCGCACCAGGUGAAAAAGAGUCUCAAGUGGACAUGCAAAGCUUGUGGUGAGAAGCAGUCCUUUUUGCGGGAUUACGGUGAGGGCUCUGGUGCUGACUGUAGACGCCAUGUCCAAAAAUUAAAUCUGCUGCAGGGACAGAUUUCAGAGAUGUUACUCAGGUCUCUGGAAGAACCUGUAAAUGCCAGUGAAGAAGAAAGUGCAGGUCAUCAGCAGGCUGAAAACGUGAGUCUGCAGGAAAGAUCGCAGCCCAGAGAGAGCCGCUGGCUGAAGUAUCUGGAAAAGGGCUCCAAAGAACUGGAGCUGGAAGGAGAAGAAGUGUAUUUCAAUAGACAGCUCUCGUCCAGAUUGGAGAAGCCAGACCCUCCCUUCAGUAACAAUCUCCCUAGAAAAAGGAAAUGGAGCCCUGACACCCAGGACUCAGGUUGCAGAGAAGGCGACUCCAAGGCCACCUUGCAGCCCCACGAGAGCUACACUAACCUAACAGGGAAGGUCGAACAAGGAAGCAGAGGCUGCCUCCAGGAGAACUUGGAGGAUUGGAACAGCAGUGAGCUUACUGUUCCUCGGUGGAAACCACCUAGGCCUGCCCAGCAGGCUAAGGCUGCAUGUUCUAAAUGGGAACGAUUUCUUCUGUCACCUGGGAAGAGCUCCCAUGUGGACACGGAGCCACUGAGACCUCUGCAAACAGGCCCCAGUUCAGCCAGUCCAGUACAGCCUGAGCCCUGGACCCAGAGCCCAAGGGAAGGCUGCUCCAGUGGGCCCCCUGAUGUUCUCCAGCCUCCUUGGGUCCCAAACACUCCGUCUGGGGCCAGGAGGCCCUGCAGGAAGACCGCCGAGCAGCCAUGGGGCCCAGGAACUUUUCAGGCAGAGGGUGGGCCCCUGGUUAAAGUGGAACAGCAAUCCCUACCUGUGCUACUGUGUGACCUCUUUAAAACUGGUGAGGACUUUGAUGAUGACCUGUGAACUGAGGCCAGCAUGCUGUUACUC